GCCACUAUAUAUGUGCGCACACAAAGCGAUAUUGCAACUACAAGCCACCUACUAGUGGCAAAAGCUAAAGUUGCGCCUCUAAAAACCAUAAGUCUACCACGACUUGAACUCUGUGGCGCUCUGCUACUAGCAAAGCUAGUUUCCAUGGUGCAGACCCACUUAAACAUGGCGAAAUACAAAUUAUAUCUAUGGUCUGAUUCCGAAAUAGUUCUAGCCUGGUUAGAAAAGCCACCACACGCGUGGAAAACCUAUAUUUCUAAUCGAACGGCGCAAAUUCUUGACCUAGUGGGAUCAGCCACUUGGCGACACGUAACCAGUGCUGACAAUCCUGCAGAUCUAGGUACAAGAGGGUGCAAACCCCUGCACCUUGCCACCACCACCCUUUGGUGGAAUGGCCCCCGAUGGUUAACAGAAUCUCCCGAUUCUUGGCCACAAUCGCCCAUGCGCAAUAUUAUUGCCCCAGAAAGUCGAAAGAUCAACUCCUUUCACGCAGCGUUGGAUGAUACUGACAUCCUGGAGAGAUUUUCAUCUUAUCCCCGAGCCCUCAGGGUAAUCGCUUAUAUGCUUAAAUUCAUAGAGCGACUCAAACUUAGCCUUAAAGGAAUACGCACCAAGGCGAUACAGUGACGCACCUAGACUUACAAAAAGCAAAGGUCGCUCUUAUCGCAUCUACUCAAGCGCGCUACUUCAGCCAAGAGAUAUCAGUACUGAGAGAAUCGAAGCCGAUUGAUAAAAAGAGCUCACUCCUAGUACUAAAUCCAUUCAUAGAUACGAAGGGCCUACUUCGGGCAAAUGGUCGGCUUGUCAAUUCAAGCCUAACGUACAACGAACGUCAUCCCAUUGUUAUACCAGAGAGAUCGCAACUUGCCUCAUUAUAUAUCAAUUAUGUCCACGUACUAUUAUUACACGCUGAACACCGCCUCAUGCAACAAAUAGUCCGCCAAGAGUUUUAUAUCCCAAGACUCAAGCCAAAAAUAAAGAAAUGCAUUUUUUCGUGCAAGAUAUGUACUGUGCACAAGCAAAAGAUGCGAACACAGAUUAUGGCAGCACUUCCACCGGAACGCUGCAACUUUGCUCCGCCCUUCACUAUCACAGGUGUCGAUUUUGCUGGGCCUUUUCAAAUAAAGGCAUCCAUGCUAAGGUCUCCCACACUGAUGAAAGGCUACGUGGCUGUCUUUGUCUGUUUUACGACAAAAGCAGUACACCUCGAGCUAUGUAGUAAUCUGACAAAAGAAGCUUUCCUCGCGGCAUUUGCUCGCUUCGUCGGACGACGUGGUUUUCCGUCAAAGCUCAUGAGCGACAACGGCAAGACAUUUAUAGGCGCUCAAAGAGCCACCGAAAAACAGUUUGUGGACUUUAUCAAACAAGUUUCCCCUGAGAUUGUACAAAAGUACGCUCCGCAAGGCAUUAACUGGCAGUUCAUCCCUCCAAGCGCUCCUCAUAUGGGUGGUUUAUGGGAAUCAGCGGUAAAAAGCUUUAAAUCCCACUUUAAAAAAGUAGCUGGAAACUACAAAUUUAACUUUGAAGAAUUUACAACAUUAUUAAUUCGUAUUGAAGCCGUUCUCAAUUCACGGCCAUUGUCUACACUCUCGCAAGAUCCCUCAGAUCUAACAGCUCUUACACCAGGGCACUUUCUCAAAGGAGCACCCAUUCUGGCCAUACCUGAGCCAGGCGUGGAGUCGCUAUCCUUACUAAACAGAUGGGAAAGAAUUAAAAUUCUCCAUCAUAAUUUCAGCCGCCGAUGGAAGGAGGAGUAUAUAAAGGACCUUCACAAAAGGUACCGCUGGAAAACUCCCGAAAAGGCGCCAAAGCUUGGAGAUUUGGUUCUAAUACAUGACGACUGUCUCCCCCCCACAGAAUGGCGACUUGGCCGCAUAGAAAAGCUACAUCACGGCUCCGACGGUCACAUACGAGUAGUUGACCUUCGUACUCAAAACGGAAUUCUAACGAGACCGCUCGUUAAACUAUGCUUCUUACCAAUCGCCGAUAACACCGAAAAAAUACAUAAUAAACAAUCCGUUUAAUAACUAAAACCGAAAUAAACCGCAAACCACAAACCGAUGUUCCCGCUAUACAAUUAACUAAUUAAAUAAAACGUUAAAAAAAAAAAACGAGAAACACGCUAAUACCAACCGUAAAAUAAUAUUCCGUAAGCAAUUAACUAAGAAAACUAAUCCCAAUGGUCGAUCAUUACGACGACCCAUUCAUGCCACAUACCGUGGCACGAUUGCUCAUAUCUAAUCAUGACCGAUUU